AGUGUUAGUCCGCAGAGUGGGUAUACAUUAGUUUUGUCUCAUUGCAUAAUGACGCUUUUCCCUGGAGUUGCUCUCAUUACUGGUGCCGCGUCCGGUGCGUCUUUCCAUUUUGCCACUGCCGGAUGCCAGAAAAUCGCCGUAGCCGACCGAUCAGGUGAAGGGCUGGCGCAAACGCAGGAUUUGAUCGCUAAGGAGGCCCCAAAUGCAGCGGUCGAGGUGAUCAUGGUCAACGUCGCACAACCCGAGUCAGUAGCAGCCAUGACAGCGCGCACCGUGGCCCGCUGGGGGCGUAUUGACUACGCUGUCAACGCCGCGGGAAUCCAGGGUCCAACGCAACGAUCAACAGAGCUCACUCUUGACGAUUUUGAUGCGAUUAACAAUGUCAAUUCUCGCGGCCUGUGGCUAUGUUCACGCGCUGAGCUAGCCCAAAUGUCAACGCAGACCCCGUUGCAACCCCAUGACGGUCGACCUGGCAACCGUGGUGCUAUCGUUCAUAUUGCCAGCCAGCUGGGCGUUGUAUUGCGAUCGACUGCACCGGCCUACUGUGCCAGCAAGUCCGCCGUCAUGUCGCUCACCCGUAGCGACGCCAUUGAUUACUCUAAAGAUAAUAUUCGCAUCAAUUGCGUAUGUCCUGGUCUAGUCGAGACGCCCAUGACCCAAGGCUCAGAGGAGCAACGUGAACUUUUUUCGUCCGCUAUCGCCAUUGCGCCGAUGAACAGGAUGGGCCAGCCAUCGGAAAUUGCUGACGUGUGCCUGUUUAUGUGUAGCAGCAAGGCGACCUUUGUGCAGGGUGCCUCCUUAUUGGCCGAUGGGGGAUAUACCAUAAACUAG